AUGUUUGCACGUAGAAACUUUUCGAUGGCCAGAAGGGCCCUCAUGAACUAUGGAAAGCCUCAGAACCCAUCAUACAACGAGUUGGCCUCGAGAAUCGAGCCAAUCAAGAGAACAGGUGAGACCAUCGACGUCAAGAGAGCCAGAUUGACAUAUCAGUCAAGAAAAAGAGGAAUUUUGGAGAGUGACUUGUUGUUGUCUCGUUUUGCAAAGAAAUACUUGCUGACUUUCACCAUGGAGCAGUUGGACGAGUUUGAUCUGUUAUUGGACGAGGCUGACUGGGACAUCUACUACUGGGCCACUGGAAACUACGACGUUACACCUUUGCCAGAGAAAUGGAAGGAACUGGAGAUUUUGAAGAUGUUGCAGGAGGAUGCCCAGAACAACAAGGGCGAGAUUUUGAGGAUGCCUGACUUGCACUAG